AUGAUCCAGCUUGUGGAACUAGCCCAUGGCAGUGGUCCUUUUGAUGGACCAGACUCUAAUCACUCUACCUUCACGGAGGAAGCUCAUCUGGCUCGCAUUAUAUCGGUACUUGGACCUCCACCUGUGGAUGUGCUUCAUGAGGCGAAGUAUUCUUCUCGAUAUAUUGAUACUGAAGGCAAAUUUAAGCAUACAGGGCUGAUCCUAGAGAGUGGAGGACUUGAUAAAACUCUUCACGACGUUGAAGGUGACGAUAAACAGGCCUUUAUUAACGUAAUAUCGCGAAUGCUGCGGUGGAAAGGAGAUGAGAGGGAUACUGUGCAAGGGUUACUGUCGGAUCCUUGGUUUCGGGGGCUGUAG